UGGUUGCAGCCUCGAUUUUCCUCUGGAGUGAAUGAAAACUACGACGAGAAAAAUUUCCCGAACGAUUGCUGAGACUUGAAAUUCGCGCGCGGACUUUGAACGGACCCCGAUCGCCGGUUUACGUACAGGUGAAACCAUCCAUUGGUUCGAGUGCUAAAAUUGAUUAAAUUUUUUGUGUCUUUUGAUUAUAGUGAGUGAUUUAACGAUCAAGAUAUUAAUAUGGAAUCUGUUAAUAUUAGACAGUUGUGGUUUUAUUUGUUAAUCAUCCUUAUGUCCGGAGUGGUUUGGUUUGGUAGAGCGGCAAAGCCUAGGAUCGACGAUGAACCAGCCACAAGUGUGCAUGAUGUCGAAGCAGUGCUGGGCAAAAUCGCUAAGCUUCCUUGUGACAUAGAACCUUCAGUAGCCAACGACAGACUUCACAUCGUCAUAUGGUUUAAGGAAGUCAAAAAUAAAUCAGAUCCAAACGCCAAGGAGAAACGAGUCCCAAUUUAUUCAUUGGACGCCCGCGAUAAACCCAUCGGGCACGCGGAAGAAUGGAAAGACGAGAAAAUGUUGGGUCAAAGGGCCACGUUCCGUUUGAAAGACCGUCCGGCCAUUCUUAUGCUCAACUCGGUACGUGAGGACGACGGAGCCAUUUACUAUUGUCGCGUGGAUUUUCGCCAAACCCCCACCAGGAAUAUUAAAGUUAACCUCACGAUUAUCGUACCAACCCAAAAACUCAAAAUUAUUGAAGGGCCAAAUGAAAACCAUAUAAAGGACUAUAAGCUAGGGCCGUUUAAUGAGGGCACAUCAGUAAAUAUAACCUGUGAAGCUACAGGAGGUCGUCCUUUGCCAAAAGUCACUUGGUGGCUGGAAAAUGCCUUAUUGGAUGAAUCAAUGGAAUAUAUUACCACAGGAUCUGACGAUGACGAGGACUAUCAUCCAGUAACCAAAGUGCGAAAUGUGCUCAACGUGGAGAAGAUAGACAGGAAAACUUUAAAUCAGAAAUUUACUUGUCAGGCAACCAAUAGCAGACUGGUACAUCCCAUAUCCAGUACUAUUGAUUUGGAUGUUAACUUAAAACCUUUGUACGUAAAACUUCGUGGGCAAAAUAAACCACUGUCGGCAGAGCACAUUUACGAGUUAGAAUGUGAGGUUAUAGGUUCACGUCCGGAACCUACGAUUACGUGGUGGAAAGGCAGUACCCAAAUGAAAGACACUAGAGAAACGACUAGUCCAGAUGGCAACAUAACAACAAGUGUUCUAACGUUCAAACCAACGGUGGAAGACGGUGGAAAAUAUCUGUCCUGCAGAGGUCAACAGCCCUUAAUCCCCGAUAGUGGAAUAGAAGAUGGAUGGAAACUGGAUAUUCAUCAUGUUCCAUUGGUCUCUUUGGAGUUGGGCAGUACUUUAAACGGCAGCACAAUCAAGGAGGGAGUCGACGUUUAUUUUGAGUGUAAUAUCAAAUCGAAUCCUUGGGUGUACAAAGUCAGUUGGAGGCAUAAUGGUAAACAGCUUUACAAUAACCUAGCAGCCGGUACAAUAGUGAGCAAUCAAAGUUUAGUGCUUCAAUCCAUCACCAGUAGCAGAUCCGGCCAUUACACUUGCGUAGGACAUAACCAAGAAGGAGAUGGUGAAAGUAAUUCCGUGUAUUUAGACGUUAAAUAUUCUCCGGUGUGCCGUCCGGGCCAGCCCAAAGUGUUCGGGGUGGCCAGACACGAGGCGGCAAAAAUCACUUGCGAAAUCGAGGCGAAUCCUUUGGACGCUGAAUUUAUGUGGAAAUUUAAUAAUUCCGCAGAUGCUUUUGAAAUACCUCACACCCAAGUUUAUACGGAAAAAGGAAGAAGUACUGCAAUAUUUAAGCCAAUAACGGAGCAGGACUAUGGUACUCUUUUAUGUUGGGCAAGGAACGAGAUUGGAAUGCAAAAGGAGCCAUGUGUGUUUUAUAUUACACCUGCUGGGAAACCAGACUCGUUGUCCAACUGUACAAUUUCCAAUCAGACGUCGGAUUCCAUUUACAUUGAGUGUUCGGAGGGUUUCGAUGGCGGUUUACCCCAAGUGUUCGUCAUGGAGGUCUACGAGUCUGCUAACAGGAAACUCGUAAGCAACGUGACAUCGCGAGUUCCACUUUUCAUCGUUACUGGUCUGGAAAGUGGUGCUGCCUUCGAUAUCGCCCUUUAUGCCAUGAACAAGAAAGGACGUAGCACAAUCACACAUUUGCCAGCUUUUACAUUAAAGGCUGAAAAACAUACUGCACCAUCCAGGCCAGUACCUCCAGAAAACUGCACCGUUCACCAACACUAUCCCCAUUUUCUCCGCAUAAAAUGCCAAGUGACAAAAAUGAUGAGUCUCACAUCGGGUAACACGUACCUACUGCAAAUCUACGAUGCCAACACCAGAAUGUUACUUGGCACCGCAACUUCAGAAGAUCCAGAGGAUAUCAAUUAUUCCGGUCUUAGUUCUGAGCACAAGGACCUUUUAUUGUUCGUGAGGUCUAUUGAUUUGCAUUCGGUUGCCAGUGAUGCGACCAUUAUUUAUGCUUCGAAUAAUAAAAUGCGGACGAACAGGGCUUCAACACCAGUUUUACUCCAAAUCACACCGUUACUCGGAGUCUUAAUAGGAGUCGUGGCGGCCCUCAUCCUCUUAGCCAUCAUAAUAGUCGUAGUAAUCAGACUUCGAGGUGGUGGCGAUAGAGACGACAAAGAGUUCGACGAUGGAGGUCUCUCUUCUGCUGGUCGAAGGUGUGUUGCGGGAAACAACAGUGAUAAGGCCAGCACGGAGCCUCUCAAUAAAGACAUGAACGACAGCGUCGAUAGUUUGGAAGAGAAGAAUCCCGACAUAAUUCCUCAAAACAAUGGCGACGACGACUUUCAAGACGAAGAAAGGGCCUUUGAAAGGCUGAAUAAUGCUCCAUCUGUAAGGGUUUACAGUAGGCUGCAAAGUCCGAAUUGUACAGCUAAAAAUGGGGGAUAUGGCAAAUCGACCUCCAACGAAAUAACGUACGCCGAACUCUCAAUCUCCAAUCAACAGAUGGCCCCGCACGUCAUUUACAACCAGCACCCGCCCGGCAUCUCGAUGAACGUGAUCAGAAGACAAGAACCCACCGUCUACGCGCAGUUGGACAUGAAACGGAUACCGCCCAAUGCCAUGCCGAUGCCCCAUCCAGGUGGUUUCCAGACGUUGCAUCAUCCCCAUCUGCCCGCCUACAUGACCAGACCGAUCAGAGACGAUCAGAUGCUCACCGAUGGUUCGAUAAGUUCGGAAACGCCUCUGUUGGGCACCGGAAGUACUUUAUCGUCAUUAAAGGAUAUGAGUGGCAUGCGCACUCCAUCGGUGACUUCGACCCUUCCCAGGCCAGUGACGGCGACCAGGUUUUGACCUACCUAAUUAUUAGAAUUUACGUCCGACGAAGAACUGGUAUACUUGUAAGUUAGACAAUUAAUUUCUGAAUGGAAUUUUGUAUAUUUUAUUGUUAAUAUUGUGUAAAAUUAAUUUAAUGUUAAAAGUUAAGAAUGGGUAUUGUAUAAAAAAUGGACAUAAAAGAACUUAAUCAUAAAUAGGUUAUAAUCAUCAUAGGUUGAUGUUUUGAUGUAUAAUUAAAAAAUUCUAGAACAGAUUUUAAAUAUACGUGUUAAAUUCGUGCAGGAACGUCUAAUGACGAUUACAGUGACGUGGAACAGUAGAGCAGAGCAAGCAAACUGGAUUACGACUAACGGAAGAAAUAGAGCAGUACUAAAAACUUGAUGAAGAAAAGUCUCUUAGGCAAAGACUUUCCAAAGCAAAGAAAGGAAUUCGUAACAAAGAAAAUUGAACUACAACUGUAAAAAAGAAAUUCUAAAGAUAAUAGAGGAAUUCUAUAAAGGACUACUCUACAGAUUUCCAAAAUAAGGGAUCAGAUGGUAAUUGAAUAAAUGGUGGUUUGAUAAUUGAAAAAGCUGUUAAACUGGAUAUAAGCUCUGUUUAAUGAGAUGUUUUAAUUUAAGUGAGCAUUAUAUAAGAUGAAAAUUAGGGCAGAAGAAGAAGAGAAAGAAAUGCUUGACUCAACUGCCUGUAGCAAAUCAAUAAUUUCUUCCAGGCAUUGGAUGUCCUUAAAAAAAAAGAUGAGAAGAAACGUUUAACUUAACUACCCAUAGGAAAUCGAUAAUUUGUUUCAUGCAUUUGAUAUAUUUAAAUAAGAAGAACAGAAACAGGAACAAGAACAAAAAGGGUAAAAAUGUUUAGCUCAACUGCCUGUGGGAAAUCAAUUAUUUUUUCCAGGCAUUAGAACGUCACGUUCUUAGAAAGAAGCAAAAGAGAAAAAACUUUUGGCUUAAAGAAGAAUAAGCAGAUGAAGAAGAAGGAGAGGAAGAAACCUUUUGCUCAACUCCCUGUAAGAGAUCAAUAAUUCCUGUUAACGUUUGUUUAGUUUCUUGGACAUUAGGUAUGAGCAGGAUACUCGCCAUUGUUAUGGAUGUAAGAGAAUAGAUAAUAAUAAUUGUUCCUCUCGGCAACUACUUUGUUGGAGUAAAUUCGGCUAUUUUCCAAUAAAAUUGAAAAAAAGGGAAGCAAAAAAAAUGAAAAUGUUAUUUUAUCUCAUAAAACACAAAAAUAUAGUUUUUUUAUUUUAUCUGGUCUGUCUCUUUUACCUGUCAAUCAUGUCAAAAAACUAUAUUGACAUAGAACAAGUAAAAUAGCGUUUUUUCUUUGAGAUAAGUAGUGCCGUUGGCAUUCCUUCAAGGCAUUUAACGUUCUUAAUGAAGAAAAAGAGAAAAAACGUUUGGCUCAAUUGCUUAUAAAAAUCAAUAAUUUCUUCCAGGCAUUUAAGGUCUUUAAAGAAGAAGAAGAUAGAAAAUAAACAUUUAUCUUAAUUUGACGUCUUUAAAGAACAUGAUAAAGAAGAGAAAAAUCAAUACACUAGACCAUUUCAAGAAACUGGACGAGACAUGGUUAAAUGGAUGCUCAAAUGCUCAAGGUGUAGGAAAACCAUGAUUUAAAAAAGUCCGACUAAACAGGAAAAUGAAGAAAAUGACGAAAUCUCUACAAUAAACUUUAUAAGAUCAAACCAUUGCUCAACACCAGAGCAUUAGUGCAAAAUUAGAGUCAAACAAGAAAAUUUUGCUCCUGUGGACAGAGCGAAACACUCCUUCAUACAUCUUUUUUGAAUGUACUAAUCACCUUAACCAUAGAACUACUCUGCACCAUAAACUUAAUGCACAUGUCUUCCACUUCCCCAUAGCUAUGCAUGACCUAAAUUGCAAUAGUAAAAAAAUUAGCGGCUUUUGCGUAGAUGGCUCACGUGUAUCUAAAAGCUUGUGACAGUACAGUUAUAAGACGUCGCAUCCUAAAUGAACAAUGACAAUCCCCAUCAUCUAAGUGCGAGUAAGUCAGAAUAGGAGAACACCGAAGAAGAAACAAUCCUCCAUAUUCCAGUACAUAAAGAACGAGGGAACCAGCAGGAGAGGGAAACUUGGAGAAGAACUUGAUUAGAAUAGCGUAAGUUGUGCACCCUAGGUGGACACCACAGAACAGAAAAGAAAAAACCUUUUGAUUAACUGCCUGUAAGAAGUCAAUAUUUUUUUUAGGCAUUUGGUGUCGCUAGAGAAGAAGAAGCGUUUGACUCAACUGCCUGUAAGAACUCAAUAAUUUCCAGGCAUUUGGCGUCCUUAAAAAAGAAGAAGAAGAAGAGAAGAAUCAUUGCAUCAACUGUCUAUGAGAAACAACUUCAAUUCACAGUCUAGUAACUUCAGAAAAUUAUUACUUGCAUGUUGCUCUAUCAGCCUAUUGUCAACAAUGACACCCUCUAAUACUCUUUCGAAGCACAAAAGUCUGGUGCUUUAGGAAUUAACACUGAGAAGAUGUGAGUCAAACCAACGAUUUAUCCAUAAUGUGAUUUAUCAUAUUUCAUGACUAGUUUAAAGAGAAGGUUAUGGGAGGCUUGUAUUCUGCCGGUACUGACGUAUGGAACAGAGUCUAUGGUUAUAAGAAAAAAAUAACCUAGAGGAGGCCUAUGCCCAGCGGUGAACAAAAAAAAACGUUUCGCUCAACUACCUGUACAAAAUCAAUAAUUUCUUCCACUCAUUUGACCUCUAAAAAAAAAAAAAAAGAAUCGAAAAAAUGUUUAGCUCAACUGCCUUUAAAAAAUAAAUAACUUCUUCAGGCCUUUGAUGCCUUUAAAGAAGAAGAAAGAAGAAAACGUUUACCUCAACUGCUUAUAAAAAAUUGAUAAUUUCUUUCAGACCGAAGAAAUAGAGCAGUACUAAAAAAUUGAUGAAGAAAAGCCUCUUAGGCAAAUACUUUCCAAAGCAAAAAAAGGAAUUCGUAACGAAGAAAAUUGAACUACAACUGUAAAAAAGAAAUUCUAAAGAUAAUAGAGGAAUUCUAUAAAUAACUACUCUACAGAUUUCCAAAAUCAGGGAUCAGAUGGUAAUUGAAUAAAUGGUGGUUUGAUAAUUGGUGGUAAUUGAAGCUGUUAAACUGGAUAUAAGCUCUGUUUAAUGAGAUGUUUUAAUUUAAGUGAGCAUUAUAUAAGAUGAAAAUUAGGGCAGAAGAAGAAGAGAAAGAAAUGCUUGACUCAACUGCCUGUAGCAAAUCAAUAAUUUCUUCCAGGCAUUGGAUGUCCUUAAAAAAAAAGAUGAGAAGAAACGUUUAACUUAACUACCCAUAGGAAAUCGAUAAUUUGUUUCAUGCAUUUGAUAUAUUUAAAUAAGAAGAACAGAAACAGGAACAAGAACAAAAAGGGUAAAAAUGUUUAGCUCAACUGCCUGUGGGAAAUCAAUUAUUUUUUCCAGGCAUUAGAACGUCACGUUCUUAGAAAGAAGCAAAAGAGAAAAAACUUUUGGCUUAAAGAAGAAUAAGCAGAUGAAGAAGAAGGAGAGGAAGAAACCUUUUGCUCAACUCCCUGUAAGAGAUCAAUAAUUCCUGUUAACGUUUGUUUAGUUUCUUGGACAUUAGGUAUGAGCAGGAUACUCGCCAUUGUUAUGGAUGUAAGAGAAUAGAUAAUAAUAAUUGUUCCUCUCGGCAACUACUUUGUUGGAGUAAAUUCGGCUAUUUUCCAAUAAAAUUGAAAAAAAGGGAAGCAAAAAAAAUGAAAAUGUUAUUUUAUCUCAUAAAACACAAAAAUAUAGUUUUUUUAUUUUAUCUGGUCUGUCUCUUUUACCUGUCAAUCAUGUCAAAAAACUAUAUUGACAUAGAACAAGUAAAAUAGCGUUUUUUCUUUGAGAUAAGUAGUGCCGUUGGCAUUCCUUCAAGGCAUUUAACGUUCUUAAUGAAGAAAAAGAGAAAAAACGUUUGGCUCAAUUGCUUAUAAAAAUCAAUAAUUUCUUCCAGGCAUUUAAGGUCUUUAAAGAAGAAGAAGAUAGAAAAUAAACAUUUAUCUUAAUUUGACGUCUUUAAAGAACAUGAUAAAGAAGAGAAAAAUCAAUACACUAGACCAUUUCAAGAAACUGGACGAGACAUGGUUAAAUGGAUGCUCAAAUGCUCAAGGUGUAGGAAAACCAUGAUUUAAAAAAGUCCGACUAAACAGGAAAAUGAAGAAAAUGACGAAAUCUCUACAAUAAACUUUAUAAGAUCAAACCAUUGCUCAACACCAGAGCAUUAGUGCAAAAUUAGAGUCAAACAAGAAAAUUUUGCUCCUGUGGACAGAGCGAAACACUCCUUCAUACAUCUUUUUUGAAUGUACUAAUCACCUUAACCAUAGAACUACUCUGCACCAUAAACUUAAUGCACAUGUCUUCCACUUCCCCAUAGCUAUGCAUGACCUAAAUUGCAAUAGUAAAAAAAUUAGCGGCUUUUGCGUAGAUGGCUCACGUGUAUCUAAAAGCUUGUGACAGUACAGUUAUAAGACGUCGCAUCCUAAAUGAACAAUGACAAUCCCCAUCAUCUAAGUGCGAGUAAGUCAGAAUAGGAGAACACCGAAGAAGAAACAAUCCUCCAUAUUCCAGUACAUAAAGAACGAGGGAACCAGCAGGAGAGGGAAACUUGGAGAAGAACUUGAUUAGAAUAGCGUAAGUUGUGCACCCUAGGUGGACACCACAGAACAGAAAAGAAAAAACCUUUUGAUUAACUGCCUGUAAGAAGUCAAUAUUUUUUUUAGGCAUUUGGUGUCGCUAGAGAAGAAGAAGCGUUUGACUCAACUGCCUGUAAGAACUCAAUAAUUUCCAGGCAUUUGGCGUCCUUAAAAAAGAAGAAGAAGAAGAGAAGAAUCAUUGCAUCAACUGUCUAUGAGAAACAACUUCAAUUCACAGUCUAGUAACUUCAGAAAAUUAUUACUUGCAUGUUGCUCUAUCAGCCUAUUGUCAACAAUGACACCCUCUAAUACUCUUUCGAAGCACAAAAGUCUGGUGCUUUAGGAAUUAACACUGAGAAGAUGUGAGUCAAACCAACGAUUUAUCCAUAAUGUGAUUUAUCAUAUUUCAUGACUAGUUUAAAGAGAAGGUUAUGGGAGGCUUGUAUUCUGCCGGUACUGACGUAUGGAACAGAGUCUAUGGUUAUAAGAAAAAAAUAACCUAGAGGAGGCCUAUGCCCAGCGGUGAACAAAAAAAAACGUUUCGCUCAACUACCUGUACAAAAUCAAUAAUUUCUUCCACUCAUUUGACCUCUAAAAAAAAAAAAAAAGAAUCGAAAAAAUGUUUAGCUCAACUGCCUUUAAAAAAUAAAUAACUUCUUCAGGCCUUUGAUGCCUUUAAAGAAGAAGAAAGAAGAAAACGUUUACCUCAACUGCUUAUAAAAAAUUGAUAAUUUCUUUCAGACCGAAGAAAUAGAGCAGUACUAAAAAAUUGAUGAAGAAAAGCCUCUUAGGCAAAUACUUUCCAAAGCAAAAAAAGGAAUUCGUAACGAAGAAAAUUGAACUACAACUGUAAAAAAGAAAUUCUAAAGAUAAUAGAGGAAUUCUAUAAAUAACUACUCUACAGAUUUCCAAAAUCAGGGAUCAGAUGGUAAUUGAAUAAAUGGUGGUUUGAUAAUUGGUGGUAAUUGAAGCUGUUAAACUGGAUAUAAGCUCUGUUUAAUGAGAUGUUUUAAUUUAAGUGAGCAUUAUAUAAGAUGAAAAUUAGGGCAGAAGAAGAAGAGAAAGAAAUGCUUGACUCAACUGCCUGUAGCAAAUCAAUAAUUUCUUCCAGGCAUUGGAUGUCCUUAAAAAAAAAGAUGAGAAGAAACGUUUAACUUAACUACCCAUAGGAAAUCGAUAAUUUGUUUCAUGCAUUUGAUAUAUUUAAAUAAGAAGAACAGAAACAGGAACAAGAACAAAAAGGGUAAAAAUGUUUAGCUCAACUGCCUGUGGGAAAUCAAUUAUUUUUUCCAGGCAUUAGAACGUCACGUUCUUAGAAAGAAGCAAAAGAGAAAAAACUUUUGGCUUAAAGAAGAAUAAGCAGAUGAAGAAGAAGGAGAGGAAGAAACCUUUUGCUCAACUCCCUGUAAGAGAUCAAUAAUUCCUGUUAACGUUUGUUUAGUUUCUUGGGCAUUAGGUAUGAGCACGAUACUCGCCAUUGUUAUGGAUGUAAGAGAAUAGAUAAUAAUAAUUGUUCCUCUCGGCAACUACUUUGUUGGAGUAAAUUCGGCUAUUUUCCAAUAAAAUUGAAAAAAAGGGAAGCAAAAAAAAUGAAAAUGUUAUUUUAUCUCAUAAAACACAAAAAUAUAGUUUUUUUAUUUUGUCUUGUCUGUCUCUUUUACCUGUCAAUCAUGUCAAAAAACUAUAUUGACAUAGAACAAGUAAAAUAGCGUUUUUUCUUUGGGAUAAGUAGUGCCGUUGGCAUUCCUUCAAGGCAUUUAACGUUCUUAAUGAAGAAAAAGAGAAAAAACGUUUAGCUCAAUUGCUUUUAAAAAUCAAUAAUUUCUUCCAGGCAUUUAAGGUCUUUAAAGAAGAAGAAGGAAAAUAAACAUUUAUCUUAAUUUGACGUCUUUAAAGAACAUGAUAAAGAAGAGAAAAAUCAAUACACUAGACCAUUUCAAGAAACUGGACGAGACAUGGUUAAAUGGAUGGAAUAUGCUCAAGGUGUAGGAAAACCAUGAUUUAAAAAUGUCCGACUAAACAGGAAAAUGAAGAAAAUGACGAAAUGUCUACAAUAAACUUUAUAAGAUCAAACCAUUGCUCAACACCAGAGCAUUAGUGCAAAAUUAGAGUCAAACAAGAAAAUUUUGCUCCUGUGGACAGAGCGAAACACUCCUUCAUACAUCUUUUUUGAAUGUACUAAUCCCCUUAACCAUAGAACUACUCUGCACCAUAAACUCAAUGCACGUGUCUCCCACUUCCCCAUAGCUAUGCAUGACCUAAAUUGCAAUAGUAAAAAAAUUAGCGGCUUUUGCGUAGAUGGCUCACGUGUAUCUAAAAGCUAAAAAAAACAGUACAGUUAUAAGACGUCGCAUCCUAAAUGAACAAUGACAAUCCCCAGCAUCUAAGUGCGAGUAAGUCAGAAUAGGAGAACACCGAAGAAGAAACAAUCCUCCAUAAUCCAGUACAUAAAGAACGAGGGAACCAGCAGGAGAGGGAAACUUGGAGAAGAACUUGAUUAGAAUAGCGUAAGUUGUGCACCCUAGGUGGACACCACAGAACAGAAAAGAAAAAACCUUUUGAUUAACUGCCUGUAAGAAGUCAAUAAUUUUUUUAGGCAUUUGGUGUCGCUAGAGAAGAAGAAGCGUUUGACUUAACUGCCUGUAAGAACUCAAGAAUUUCUUCCAGGCAUUUGGCGUCCUUAAAAAAGAAGAAGAAGAAGAAGAGAAGAAUCAUUGCAUCAACUGUCUAUGAGAAACAACUUCAAUUCACAGUCUAGUAACUUCAGAAAAUUAUUACUUGCAUGUUGCUCUAUCAGCCUAUUGUCAACAAUGACACCCUCUAAUACUCUUUCGAAGCACACAAGUCUGGUGCUUUAGGAAUUAACACUGAGAAGAUGUAAGUCAAACCAAUAAUUUAUCCAUAAUGUGAUUUAUCAUAUUUCAUGACUAGUUUAAAGAGAAGGUUAUGGGAGGCUUGUAUUCUGCCGGUACUGACGUAUGGAACAGAGUCUAUGGUUAUAAAAAAAAAAUAACCUAGAGGAGGCCUAUGCCCAGCGGUGAACAAAAAAAAAACGUUUCGCUCAACUACCUGUACAAAAUCAAUAAUUUCUUCCACUCAUUUGACCUCUAAAAAAAAAAAGAAGAAUCGAAAAAAUGUUUAACUCAACUGCCUUUAAAAAAUAAAUAACUUCUUCAGGCCUUUGAUGUCUUUAAAGAAGAAGAAAGAGAAAAAGAAGAAAGAAGAAAACGUUUACCUCAACUGCUUAUAAAAAAUCGAUAAUUUCUUUCAGACAUAUAACUUUCAUUAAAGAAUAAGAAGAAAUGGAGAAGUGUCGCAUAUUUAGGACUUCAAAUAAAACUGAUUUCACUUCAGAAGCAAUUCCUACGUUUUGGCCUUUAUUUAGGCCAUCUUCAGGGCUAAUUCUGUUUAAAAAAUCGGCUCAUGUCCAGAAAAAAUCAUAUCAAUUUUAUAUUUCUGAUGAAAUAUGAACACGUUAUGAAGUGUUGCGCUUUAUAUUUAAAUUAACAAAUUUAAAAAAAUAUUACAAUUCAAGAGACAAAACAAAAUAACUCGUGAAUACACUCAACGGCGACUAAACAUAAAUGGCUCUGAAGAUGGAUCAAAACGUCGUCAUUUCUUCUAAGAUAAAAUCAGUUUUAUUUGAAGUUAUUUGCCUGCGACACUUUCUUUCCAUUUCACACUAUGGACGUUAGACUUUAAGUGAAUAAGAAGAACGUUUGGCUCAAUUACCUGUAAGAAAUCAAUAAUUUCUUCUAGGCAUUUGACGUCCUUGAAGAAGAAGGACAAGAAGAAGAGAAAAAACAUUUGGCUCAACUUGCUUAUCAGCAUUAUAAAAGUGAAAGAAAGAAUUACCGCAGGUUUUUAUCUAAUUAUAAGAAGUCAAUAAACAACAGCAGGAUUACAAACUCAAAAAAUAAGAAUAAAACAGCUUGGUCAAUCAUAAAUUCUCAAUGAAAUAAAAAUCAAAAAUCGCAACCAAUCGAACUAAAAUCAGAAUCGGGUGAAUUGGUAGUUGAUCCGGAAAGGAUUGCGGAGGCUUUCUCUCAGCAUUUUAAAUUAAACCCUGAUCCCGGCAACAAGGUUCGUGGGCAGAUAGUGGAUGAUGUGCUAUGUCCGGACACUUUAUACCUGUUUCCUACAAGUGAACAAAAAAUCUUCAAUAUUAUUAUGCAUUUACCCAAUAAAUAUUCAUCAGGAUUGGACGAAGUACCUGUUUUCUUACUAAAAAAAGUUGCUAGCCUUAUCAAAAAGCCAUUAAAUGUAAUAAUAAACUGUUGUUUUGAAACAGGCAUAUUCCCUGACCAACUUAAAAAGGCAAAAAUAGUACCAGUACUUAAAAAGGGUAGCCCUCAAGAAAUAAAAAACUAUAGACCGGUAUCACUACUUCCGUCGGUGUCGAAGAUCUUUGAGAGAUCAAUCUACGGUAGGCUUGUUAAGUUCUUAGAACAAAAAAGAGUUUUUUCUGCGAGUCAGCAUGGUUUUAGGAAAUCAAAUCUACAGAAUUAGCAAUCUUUAAAACAAUAGAAUUUAUUGCAAAUCAAAUUGAUAAAAACGAACAGGUAGCUGGCCUGUAUUUCGAUCUUUCAAGGGCCUUUGACACUAUUGAUCAUGAAAUUCUUUUCCUUACAUUAGAAAAAUAUGGCAUUAGAGGUCAGGAUUUACAACUUUUAAAAUCUUAUUUACAGAGAGCAAAUUGUUGGUGUCACAGAUGGGGGGAAAACGACAUACUCUCUUCCAGCAAAGCUAACACAGGGAGUACCCCAGGGUUCUAUUUUGGGCCCUGUGUUAUUCCUUUUGUAUGUUAAUAACCUAAAUGCAAAUAUAUUAGCUGAUCUAGUUAGUCAGUUCGCUGAUGACUCAUCGGUGCUGGAAAGCGGUUCCACCCAGAACGUGAUCUCAAUAAAAUGCUCUCAAGCAGCUGAACAAAUGAAAAAAUGGUGUGAAGAAAAAAAACUUAAAUUAAAUACUGAAAAAUCUGGCCUGCUUACAUUUUCUAAAUUCAAAAAAGACACAUCACUCUAUGUAAAACUUAAUAGAAGGUCUAUAGAGUGUUUGAGCAGUAUUAAAUUCUUGGGUAUACACUUGGAUGGAUGUCUUAGUUACGAAAAACACAUAAAUUACUUAACAUCAAAACUGAGCAGCCUCUGUGGUCUUAUUCGUAGACUCAGGGAUCAACUAUCAAUAGAAACCAUUAAGAUUUUUUACUUUUCAAACAUUCAGUCAGUGCUGAAUGGCAUCAUGUUUUGGGGUAGUGGAAGGGAUGCCCAAAAUAUUUUUAAGGGCGCAAAAACGAAUAAUUCGGUGCAUAUUUGGACUCGUUCCCAGAACAUCAUGUGAGGAGUAUUUUGAUGGUUUCGGUGUACUUACUGCCCCAUCACUGUACUUCUUAUCACUUGUGAUGUUCAUUAAGAAGCAUCCUCAGUUAUUUCCAACAAAUCAGGAUGGGUACUCACGAGACAUGACGACCAUAACAAGAAAUAGAGAAGCUCUUGGAAUACCUGCACACGGGUCAGCUCUCUUUGAAAGAAGCCCAACUUAUCGAGCAGUAAAGGCAUACCACAUGUUACCGGCGGGUCUGCGACAGAUUCAGAGCCGUAAUUUAUUUAGACAGAGUGUUAAGCGAUUUCUUAUUGAAAAAAGGUUCUACUCUUUUAAAUUCAAUAAAUAAAAAUGUGUCUUUAUGAAUUACAGAUUUUUAAGUUUUUGUGUUUAUACGGGGUAUUUGUUGAUUUUAACGUAUUACUUUAUAAUUUUAUUUAUUUUGAAAAAAAUUGUUUUAGAUCUUUUUAACUUAGGUCAUAAGAUUUUAAUUCGAGUCAAAAUUUGUUGACGUUGCUUUGUCUUUUUAUUAAGGAUUUGGAUGGCAAUAAAAGAAUUUAUUUGUUUUUUAAGUUUUUGUCGAUUAAAAAAAGCAAAUAGGUUAUUGGUUUCAUUUUAUUUCAAAAAUCUACAUCAGCUCAAAAUUGAUUCAAGGUGCCUUUGAAUCAAGUUGUGCAAUUCUAAAACUUUCAAAUAUUUUAGCAGUAUGAAAGUUCAUUAUAUGCAUUAAACAUCUGUCUGCUUUCAAAAACCACAAGUUCAAAUGCAUAAGUCACUAAUCACCAAACCACCAGAUACUUAUGACUAACAAUAAUUACCUUGCAAUAAAUAUGAAGAAAGGGCCAACUUUGCAUCGACGAUAUGUCGUUAAACCUCAGUCUUUUCCUGGCGUAUUCGGGAAGAAUAUGCAGUAAAGUGUAAUCAGUAGGUGUCAAAAACAUUCUGAAUCAAACUUAUAACUUUUAUUCUCAAAAAGAACUUGCAUUCACAUUGUUCUUUAUUGUUAAAAAUAUCAAUUUUCUUAACUUUUAACAUUAAAUUUCUUUACUUUUAAUUAUAUGAUAAUGAAAUAAAAUCCGAAUUUUUCACUGGAAGUUAAAUUCGUGUGUACAUACAUUAUAAAAAAGUAUAGCUGUGAAACAUUUUCAAUUAAAAUUUUUUAAAAAUAAUAUUUUUAUUAUUAUUCGAAAACAUAUGCAGGAUGAGAAACUCACUUGUCCUAAUAUAUAACGACGCCUGUAUGUGCUUUCGAAACAUAAUUUGGGACACCCUAUAUAACCCAUUCAGGUCUCUAAUUAUUUUAAGAAAUAUUAAUAAUAAUUGUUACGAUACGAACUGCCUGUUAAAUGUAUAUUUAAAGCUUUUAACUUUUUAAGUUUGUGAUAUAAGUUAAGUUGAUUUAUUAUUCGUUUAAGUAUUUAAAAAAAAAGAUGUUUUCUAAUAAACAAAAAAAUAUUGACUGAAUUUCGUUUGUUUAAAAUGAAUAUAGUAGGGAUUGUAUAUUAUGUAAUACGUUGACCCGUCCACCAUCAAAUAAUUAUUUAUGUUUUCCAUAUGUUGUCACAAAAAUGACAUAAAUAGCACGUAAUUUUUUAUAUGUAUAGCGUAAGUAAAAUUUUUAUUAACUCAUAAUAUAAUAAUGUUAAUUAUGUAUAUAUUGUAAAUUUGUUAUAUCCCUUAUAUGUAUUGUAAUAAGAAUAUAUGUAUUUUCCCUCUCACUGUUUUGCUUAAGAAAAAGUCAUAGGAAAUACAUUAUUGCAGUACGAUCCAACACAAUAAAAAAUAAUUUUUAUCGUUACCUUACAUGUAUAUACGAAUUAUUAUUAUAUGUUACUACUGUUGGAACUUACUGUAUAAUUAUAAUAAUUAUUAUUAUUAAUAUUGAUGUUUUAUCGUACAAUGUAUAUUCUGAAACAUUAUUAGUAUAUUGACAAUAAAGUCAUUUUAAAUGUUUAUUUCGCCAUAAUGGAAAUAAUACGUAAAUCGAUUAGUACAGCCUUGCGUUUAACAAUAGUAAAAAUCUUUAAUUAUUUCAAAUAAAUAAUGAUUAAUUUUUAACCCUAGGGAAUUGGAACUUAGGCCUUAGGUAGCCCUAUACAUAACUAUUAAGUUAAUUUUGUAAAAAAAAGUAUGUGUUCAGCAAGCAAAUCACCAUCUGUAUGUUAUAAAUUCGACUUUAUCUAUACAAUAAAUUAUGAAAAAAAUAAA